AUGUGUUUGAUCCAAUUCUUCUGGAACAAGAGGUCGCCCAUCCCAUCAGCGUGCAGCAUGUUCUCCCUUCUCAUGUCCACCUUCAGCAUGUGCUCAGCCUCUGCUUCCGCUGGAAGCGCUGCGAGCCUGGUUCCUGCCUUGUGUUACGAUGCUCAGGGAUGCUGCGACACAAACGAGGUGCAGGCAGUGAGAGAGAGCGUUGCCAAGUGCGUCAGCACCGACCAGAUGGACGCAACAGCAACCAAUACAUGCUCCGGCUGA